CGCCGGGGCCUCUCGGCUAAAGAGUUCGCACCCACCAAACCGGACGCUCCAACACCACACGACACACGACGCGCUGCCCCUCUUCUCUUCUCUUCUCACCCCUCUCGCUGCUGCUGCUGCUAAGGUAGAAGGGAGUGCUGCGCGGCCGCCAUCCCUCAGCGACUGCGAACAGCAACGUCUUAGCCGACGAGAGCCCCCACCACCUACCCGCACCAACCCGGACUUCGGCCGCGUCUGUCCCGGAUUGGCUUUUGGUCGAGCAGUUGGUGGGCACCUAACCCGGCGAACUGCGGCUGAAGCAAGUCUGUAAGUGGGAAGUGGAGUAAGUGAGCGCGCGGGCGGGGAGGAUGAAGAAGCUGUACCAGGGGAAGGGCCGGAGGGUGCACCCGGCGCCGGCGGAUGCUGCCGUGGCGGUGGUUGCGCUGCCGGCCGCUGUGCUGGCGCUGGCGUCGGCGCUCACGGCGGAGGAGCAGGAGGUGCUCGCCUACCUGCUAUCUGGAGGUGGGGCCGCCGGGGGACGCCGCCGCCGCCGCGGGGCCCACCCGCCGGAGAUGGGGUGCGGGUGCUUCACGUGCUACAAGAGCUUCUGGGCGCGCUGGGACGCGUCCCCCAACCGCCAUCUCAUUCACCGCAUCAUCGACGCAGUGGAGGAGGGCAGCGGCGGCGGAGGAGGAGGAGGAACCGGUCCCCCGCGCCGCCCUCCCCGUCGUCGCCGACGCGGCGGCCGACGCGGAGGCGGCGACGGCGAGGAGGAUGCAAGUGACAUCAAGGAGGCAGACGUCAACGUGGAGCACCACCAAGCCUGCGGCUUUGAUGGCGAGGAGGAGGGCGACUACGAGGGCGAUGGCGACGACGAGGAGGAAGAGCGUGACAGCAUGGACGGCGAUGCGGACGACGAGACGACGUUGAGCGAGAGCGAUUGCAGCAGCAGCAGCAGCGGCAACGUCAACGCCGAGAAGAGCACGGUGGGGAGGCUGGUCCGCUUCAUCGGGGAGAAGGUGUGGGGUGCUUGGAACUGAGCACCUCCUCCUGCAGCUGCUGCUCCCUUGUUCUUGUAGAUUAGGAGAAGGAAGAAGACGACCAAGAAGGUCAGGUCAAGGUCAGUACCAGUAGUUGUUGUUUUGAUCAAGAGCACCUCAGCUCUAAGCUCCUUUUGCUGUUUCUUUCUUUUGAUUUCUUGCACUCUAAUGAGCACCGAGGUUUAGAGGGAAAAUCAGGAUGGUGUGAUCCAAUCCAAAUUACAGUUCUCCCUUUCAACCUCUCUGUACCAUAUUUUUGCUCCUCCAGUUCAACAAUGAACUUCUUUUGCAAGAGAACAAUACCAUUUCCAUUUCUUUUCAUUGUAAUUUUUAGCUGUUUUUGCAUUGACUCAUGUCACUAGCAUUAGCAUCUGGUUCUGAUCAUUGCAUCAUGUGUAUGGCACUGUUGAGUGAUUCCUACUGCAAUGGAGAGGAAUGUUUUAGUUAAUUAUAGCUUUUAUAAAGCUUGAGUGGGCAAGAAAUCUCUUUAUGGGAUAUCUACAAAUGGAGGCAGUAUCAAGUUAUGCUUGCCUCGUUGUACAUUCCUCCUCUAUUAAGGAAAAGCAUAUGUGCAAAGCCUAUUGUUUUGUCCAUGAUAGUUAAGUAUGUUCCAUGCAAUAGUUGGGAUUCAUCAGAAUGAUGGAAUCAUAAACAUGAUCUUCGAUGUACUACAGUCAAUUGUAGCAGUUUCACAAGCAGUGUAAAUUCAGCUAAGCAACAUGUUUUCACCAUCUUUUCAA